UGUGUGUUUGUGUGCGCGUGUGUGUGUGUGUGCAUUAGUUACCUAUAUUCAGUAAGUAUUCUUUGUAAAUCUGUUGGUAAAGGAAUAUUCGACAAUGGCAGAUGCAAAGCAAGGAAAGGCAACGCAGGAAGAUUUACACAAUGGUUCAUCUCAAUCACGAGUGAUAUUGGCGAAACCACGACUAGGUGGAUUUGGUUCGUCAAGCUUUGCCUCAAGUUCCAACAAAACUUGUAAUCCAUUCGCCUCUGUCCUACGUCCACCACAGCUGAAACCAACCAGUAAUCCAUUUUAUAAACUUGCUGAAAAAUCUGAAAAUGUUGAAACAGAGAAAGAGAAUCCUCCACAGAGUGAGCCUGUUGAGAGAUUGCAGGACAAGAAAGAAGAAGUUGACUCUCCAAAGUUUGUACCGCUGGCCUCGGGGGGCGCCACCACAAGGUCAUCUAGCACUGUCCCAGCACCUGCACAGCCAACAACUGCAACAUCAUCGGCCGGAUUUGUUUUCGGACAGAAUAUAAGUGAACGAGUUGUAAUGGCCGAUUCAGUCAAUAAUGGAGAUGCUACCGGUUUGGAUCAUAGUUCCUCAAAUGGGACAUCGGAACUACUUUUCACAAAUGCUGCUGCCUCAGUUAAAGAAAAUAAUCAGGAGGAAGCGGGUCCAAGUGAGAGUACCGGGGAGGGACUGGCGGCCGCCGCGGCGGAGUACGAGCGCUCGCACGCGCGCCCUCCGCCGACCACUUCCAACUGCACCACUACUGGGGAGGAGGACGAGAUCAAUGUGUUACAGAUAACAUGUCGGCUGUUCGCGUGGGAGUCGGGUAGCUGGCGGGAGCGCGGGCGCGGCGUGCUGCGGCUGAACGACGCGCCGCAGGGCAGCGGCGGCGGCGGGUCGCGGCUGGUGGUGCGCGUGGCGGGCUCCCUGCGCGUCGUGCUCAACACCAAGCUGUGGCCGGACAUGGUGCUCGAGCGAGCGGGCGCCAAGUCUCUCAGGAUUACAGCAUUUGAUGCACAGCUUCAGAUUAAAUUGUACCUUAUUAUGGGUGCCCCAUGUGAUAUAGUACAUUUAUACAGGGCGCUAACGGCCCGCAUAUCGGGCAGCAAAAGAACAAUAAGUUGUAACCAAAACGUGAGGUCGCAGCGCGCGGCGGAGCGGCUGGAGGCGGCCACCGACGACGCCGACUACCCCGACAAGCCAGACUUCAAUGAAGAUGACUCCUGCUUCGAAGAGGAUAAACAGAACUUACCAGAACUGCAACAGGAUGAGGGUGGAGAACCUAUCAUAAGCAAUAGACUUGAAAAUAAUACUGAAAAAAAGACUGAUGAGGAAGAAUCAAAUGUACAUAUAAAAAUAGAUGAUGAAAAUGAAUCGAAUGCAUUGAAAAGGAAAGAACCGAUCGAGAAUGAAACAUCCCCAAAGAGACAGUGUCCCGAAAUCGUUAUACAGAGACCAUAGACAUUAGUGAUUCACAGUACAGAGUGGACGUGGUUCAGUAAUUUAAAAGCUCUAUAAAAGAUAUUUAUAUAUAGAUAGAUGUAGAAACGAUGAAAUGUGAAGUUGAAAUAUUAUUUUAGUACAAAACAAUGGGCCGCAGUAUUUACUAAUCUAAUAGUUUCGCAAUUUCUAAUAUCACAUUCCAAUAUUUGAAGUGUCGUGCGACUCACGUCUGCCUCGGGCUGAUAACCAAAUAAAUGUACAUGUGAAUUAUUUUCCGAUGAUCGAUAACAAUAAACUUAACUUUUUUAAA